GUUUAUUUACGUGCUCAAGUCAAUCACACGCAAAUCACAAUAGUCAUUACGCACAAAGGCUAAAAAAUUCAUAGUGUGAUGAUAACAAAGUUUUAAAAAUGUUGUGGUAUCUGCCAUGGUCAGAAAGUAUUAAAAAAAGAGCCUGCAGAUACUUACUUCAACGCUACUUAGGAAAUUUUCUUGAAGAAAAGCUAACUUUGGCUCAGCUGAGUGUAGAUCUAUACAAUGGAACUGGUACCGUUUCAGACGUUAGCCUUGACUGCGAGGCUCUUAAUGAACUUGGUGACUCACAGAAUUGGCCUAUAGAGAUAGUAGAUGGACACAUGAAAGAGAUCACCGUAACUGUUCCCUGGUCAACGAUCCUCAAAGAUGAUUCUAUUGUUGAAAUCAAUGGUCUUUCUCUCACCGUGCAACCAAAAGUACGAGCUGAACCAGUGUCAUCAAUGCUGGAGUCUAUGUGGUCUUCAAUGUCAUCGUCAAUGCAGCUAGCCGCUGAAUGUCUGCAAGAAGAUGCUGGCCCUCGAGAGUCUAAUCCUGUCGAAGGCAUUGAAAUGUUCGCCCAUGCCAUAGAUUCCAUUUUAAGCAGAGUUAAAGUCAAAUUUGUUAAUACAAAAAUAAGAAUAGAACAUGUUCCUAAAAAUGGUGACAGGGGUAUCGCUUUGGAAAUUCACAUUAAAAACAUUGAUUACUUCGAUGAAGCUGGAGCUGAACCUCUACCAGAAGAAACAGAUCCCGAUAAAACAAAAACAUACAUAGUUGCAACAUACACAAAUAAGAAAAUAAAAUUUAAUGGCGUCACAUUUUAUAUUGAUGAAUUUCCUUCAAAAUUACGUACUAUGGCACCUAGCCUAAUAAUGGAAAAAUCAGCUUCUACACAAGCCGAUAAGUCAGAAGGUACUUCUGCCGAGUCACCAGAUUCAAACUAUCAAAGUACAAUGUCAGAUGUAUUCUAUGAAACUAGAAGUGUCAUAUCAACAAUAGAUUCUGAUCCCAUCAAAGAAAUUAUUGAGGAAAGACAAAAUGAUAACACCCGAGAAACAACUCCGGAGGAAAGAGUAUUGCAACCUGAUCCAGUAUUGUUUGCUAAGUUGACUGGACAGCAAGAGUUAAGCCUGACAUUAAAACAUUCUGAAGAAGUGGAUGGACCGAAAGUAGAAGUUAGAAUAUUACUGGGUUCAUUCCUCGUGUUUAUCACUCCAAGACAAUUGCAUACAUUAAUAGAACUCGUGGAUGCAUUAAAUCAACCACAUCUAGAAGACACUAGCAACAUACCAAUUCGUCCUAAUGUAAAUAUGCAAUGUAAACAAAUGAAGCAAUCAGAUUUUCAAGUCAUAGAAGCACAGCUACUUGGUAAUUUGGAGAAACAACACUCUAAACCACAAGGCAUGUACGGAUGGUCCGGACCAAGCUUUGAGGACAGUGACAGUGAGAGUGACAAGUUUCUACCAAUGACAUCUCGAGGCAAUGACAUGGCAAAGAGCUUCACAUCCUCAGUUAGUUCUAUGAGUACCAGCAUGACGUCAAGUGUCAAUAUACCAACAAUCCAGCCACGUAUCAAAAGGAAUAAAAAAGUUCCACACAUCGAUGGUGACCCCACAGCUGAAGUGUCACAUAUAAGUCUAAGAAUCGCAUCAUUCUCUUGCGUUCUCCUUCAUAAGGAUAUUUUACUUCCAACACCAAUGGGAACACACAACAUUUCCUCAGCGUCUGUGUUAAAACUACAACAGAUCUCAACAGAAUUCUUCAAUUGUGUGGAAACAUUUGGUAGACUCAACGAGAGACGAGACUUGAAUACAAUAAACAAAGCAUUGGACAGAGCAACAGAUAGAGACCACUUAAGAUUAUUAACAUCAGAAAUAAGUCUAGAUGGCAGUGAGAAGGUGACGUCACACGGAAGUCAAACAAUGUGUGAGGCGGCCAUAAAGAGUAUGCUUGUUAGAGAGUGUCUCUACUCGCAAGGCGAAGAGACAGAAGAUGUUAAACCGCAGAAAUUUGAUUUAAUCUGGUUUGAUCACAAAGAUGAUGAAAAUUCAAUUUUAUCUUCAAAAUCGGAUAUAAGGAUAAACUUCAAACAGACCUCGAAAUAUAUGCGAAUAUCCGGUGAAAAAAAAUUGGUUCAUCCUACAACUGACAUAUUGAUAAAAUGCACCCCGUUUUAUAUUGACGUAGAUCUGACUUUAAUCGAGCGAAUGUCGGCUACGUUUUUCGGUGGUACCACUUCGACCUCAACGCCUUCAACGCCAACGCAACCGAGUCAAAUGAAUGUAUCUCUCCAAUGCCCCAAUCUUAGUGUUAUACUUAGGUUCCCGGUGGCGGACCUCCGUCCGGGCGCGCCCCGCUCGUCGCGGCGCGUGCGCGCGGACUACCUGUCGCUGCGGUGCGGCGCGGCCGCCGUCGGCUCGCAGCGCCCCGCCGCGCUCUCCCUGCGCGCCGCCACGCUCGACCUCUACUACCACGAAAACGAUCAGUUGCCCGCUACCCAUAUAGCGCAGUCAUCCAUGGACGACGCCUCAUUGGAAGGGAAUAUACUCAGAGGCAACACAUCCAGUCCCUUACCUAUGAUAUCCAUAACAUUUAAACCGCGGGAAACCAACAAAAGCCCCUUCGACUGCUUACACGAUGAGACGGGUUUCGAACCCAAAGCGGCGAACCCCAUGACAACAUCCAUGUACAUAAUGAACAACCUCCGAAGCACUCUCCCGAGUCCCUUCAGCGGGAAGAAGAUGGCUCAUCAGAGUAUCAGCAAACACGAAAACAAUCAACCAGGUCAGGAAGAAGAAAUCAUAGUGCCUGGCACCGAUGAAGAGAUGGCAGAGUUUACAAACAGUUCCGUGGAGCACUCCGCUAUACACCUCGAUUUUAAUUUACCAAUACUCAGUCUUCAACUUGAAUCAAAACAGUUGUAUGAGAUAAUUUACAACCGUAUCAACUCCGACUUGCUGCUGUGGGAGCCGCAGGUCGUCGAGCCGUUCGACAUCAGCCCGCACAUGUGCGCACCCAUCUACCCUGCCUUUGGACUCUGCAAAGGGAUGGGAUAUGAUUCAGACUCUGAAAGUUCAACGUCCGAAGAAGAAAAUCUCUACUACUCAACUUAUGAUAACAAGUUGCGGAAAGGCAUUGGAAAUACGAAACCUUUACCGGAAAAUAACGAGAGUGAGACGCACAACUUUUGUCUUACUCUCAAAGUCGGUAAAGGAUUGAUGACGAUUUAUGCUCCUGUUAGGGAUAGCAACAAGCGUGUAGUGCCAGGUCAAAUGGGUGAGUUAGUGCUGGAAGCUUACAAGUUGUCAAUGUGUCAAGUGAGCGGGCUGAAUGGGCGAUCCAAAACAGCCCAGCUGUGCCUAAGAGCUGGAAAAACUACGCUUUAUCAUGAACCACUCCUGACAAUACCAUCAGAGAAACCUAAUCUCCGUCUAUACGGAACCACUUUACCCUCACACUUGAAAAGCACUAUAUAUCCCUCUAACAAGGGAGUAACGAUAAAAGAACAAUUACAAAAUAAAGACAUGUUCACGUUGGCGCUUAAGACUGAUCCUAAUUCCGAAACGCCUAAUCUUAAGACAAUAUGCAUAGCUCUGGGCAUAGAGCAGGCCACGCUGCGCCACCGCGGCGACAAGGGUAUCGCGUGGCUGAGCCAGCUCAUGGACGUGAUGGACGUGCUGGACUACCCCGUGCCCGGGUACACGCCCUCCACCGUGCUGUCCGAGCUGCACGUGCACGUGUGGGACUGCGCCGUGGACUACCGACCAUUGUAUUUACCGAUACGGACCGUGCUGACCUUGGGAAACUUCAGCGUCUCCAGCAACUUGAUCCCCGAGACGAAUACGUCGUACCUUCGUUUCUUGGCGCAGGAGUGCACUCUUUUCAUAUCAACGCUGAUUGGAACGAAGGCAAGCGUCCCGGUGCCGCAGGACGACGAUAAGGCCCCCGAUAUAAGUAAGGAUUACAUCUGCGUCAUCGAUGUCGGCCUGUUCGAGCUGUCUUUGCGGAUGGAGGAUAAAAACAGUGCUUCGAAUGACCAACCGCAGGUGGACUUGACAGCAUCAAACAACAUGGUCAACAUGUAUACCUGCUGGGACUCUGCCUCGGCUCUAUGUAGACUGGUCACAUACAUCGCCUCCGAUGGGGACUCGCAGCCGCCAUUCGAUAGAUCGCGGCACACUAGCAUAUGCUCCGAUCAGCCCUUAGAACCAUUAGUAGGCUUGGAAGACAGACCAGUAGAAGAUAUCAGAGAAUUAUCGCCGAGUGAAAUUCAACAAGUCAACGAUUUAAUGGCAGAAGCAAUGAAGGAGAGUCCAAAUAAUACCAUGGAAGAAGAUGACUUCAACAGUUCAGUGGAAAAAGAAGGAGUCGAAGUAUUCUUCUUUCCUGAUGAAUCGAACAUGAAGCAAAAGCCGCCGGCUGACAGCUUAGACACAGAAAUUGAACCGAAGUCGCUAGGUUAUGAAGACUAUCAGCCAAUAGAAGAAGCGCAAGAAGCGAAACCAACGAACACGCAAGUGGCGAGAGACCUCGGCGACCCAAGUUCCACUCCGAAAACGACGCCACGAAAAUCAAAACGGAAAAAAGUCAAAUCUACGGGAGAGGGUAGCAACACAGACGACGAAUACUGUAUAGUGGAGGAGCAGCCUUAUGGUCAGGACAACGAAAUGGACGAGCCAGUCGUGAACUGGAUCAACGGACCGGUGUACAUGGUCGAUAACCAUUUCACCGUGCCCGCAGCUAGAUCUGAUGUCCUCAAAGCUCCGAAGAGCUUCCCGUUACCCGUUCUUCGAUAUACAUUGUGCGAACUGAGUUUAACGUGGAACAUGUUUGGUGGAAGCGAUUUUAGAUCCGCGAAUGAUACGACACCCACCAAAAAAACUGUGACCAUUGACGAUACACGGAAACAGGGCUCCCCUACUAUAUCCAAACGCAGCAAGGAGUACGAGCCGUACGAGGCGAGCCGCGCCGUGGCGGCGGCCUACCGCCGGGCCGGCGUGAGCUGGGCCGCCGGCGCCGAGCGCGUGCGCGCGCCGCCCGCCGCGCGCCGCGACGUGCGCUCGCGGGGCGGCGCGCUGCGCGACCACGCCGUCUGCGUCAAGCUGUGCCUCACCAAGCUUAAGUUUCAACAUGAAGUGUAUCCUCCGGGAGGCACGCAAGCGUCCCGACAGACGCUCGCUAUCACGAAGAUUGAAGUUCUAGACAGAUUAGUUUGCAGCGACAUCAACAAACUGCUCAGCCAGUACAAACUCAAAGAUGAGCCGGAGAGGAAGAAUGCACACAUGUUAAUAGUAAAAUCUGUCCACCUCCGGGCUGAUGCUGCGGUGCCGGCUCAAGAGUGCUGCCUCAAAGUAUCUCUACUUCCUCUACGGUUCAACCUCGAUCAGGACACGCUAGCGUUCCUCGUUGGUUUCUUCUCUAAACUUGGAACUGACGAGAUAAACGACGAGGACACGAAGAGCGUGGGCGGUCUGUCGACCGAGUCGAGCGGGUCGCGGCAGACGACGCCCACGCACCGGCCGCCCGUCAUGAGCAUCGGCAGCCACCUGCGCGACCCGCCGCCCACGCCCACCUCGCUCGGGGACGCCGACUGCCUCUCGCUUAACGACACCGUGAUACGCGAUGAUGAACCAUUAAUGGAAACGUAUGAAGCGGAACGCCUCGUGUCAGAGAACCUCAUACAAUUAGAAGAAGACUUCCAACGUUUGGGUAUCAGCCAAGAAAAGCCCACGACCAAAGUGCCAGACUCAGAGCCGGUAGACGACUCGCCAAUAUACUUCCGUCGAGUAGUAUUCUCGCCCGAGGUACCAAUCCGAUUGGAUUAUGUCGGAAAACGAGUUGACCUCUCAGCCGGACCCGUUGCCGGUCUGCUAAUGGGACUUGGGCAUCUUAACUGUUCAGAAUUGACAUUGAAGAGGCUUGACUACAAAUUGGGUUUACUCGGCCUUGAAAAAUUAGUUCAAUGGGCGUUACAUGAAUGGUUGUCCGAUAUUAAGCGGCACCAGCUGCCCGGUCUGCUCAGCGGCAUCGGACCAAUGCACUCGCUUUUACAAAUAAUAACGGGGAUCCGCGACCUGGUGUGGCUGCCGGUGGAGCAGUGGCGGCGCGACGGGCGGCUCGUGCACGGCCUGCGGCGCGGCGCCGCGUCCUUCACGGCGCGCACCGCCGUCGCCGCGCUCGACAUCACGGCGCGCCUGCUGCACCUCAUACAGGCUACGGCAGAAACGGCAUGCGACAUGCUAACGCCGAGUCCUGCUCUGGCGCUGGGCGACGCGCACGAGCGGCGCUCGCGACGGCGACGGCGCGACCCCGCACGACAACCCGCCGACAUACGGGAGGGCGUGGCCAGCGCCUACAACACCGUCAAGGAGGGCUUCGCCGACACAGCCGCUACGAUGGCGGUAGCGGCACGAAGAGGACACGGCGCGGGCGUGCUGCGCCACCUGCCGGGCGCUGCCAUGACGCCGCUGGCGCUGGCCGCCGCCGGAGCCGCCGACGUGCUGGGCGGCGUGCGCGCGCACCUCGCCCCGCACCUGCGCCGCGACCACGCCGACAAGUGGCGGCGACCGGGCGCCGACGUAACAGAUUAAGGACCGCAAAUAUCUCCAGCCCAAAUCACAAAUAUAAACUAAUAUUUUUAGUAAAUUAAAAAAAGUCUAUCUUUAUAAAAAAAAAUUAAAACAACUUUAAAAAUUAUUCAAUUGAAGGUAAUAUUUUAUAUAUACUUUUGUAAAGAAAACAAAAAAAACUACGUCAAAGAGAUAAAAUUACAACCAUAUCAUUCUCAAAUAAGCAGUUUGCUUCAUUUUGCUAACAGACUUUGUUUAGUGAACAUACAUAAUGGUGCUUAAUUUUAUGGAUCGGACGAGCAUUUUGAGGCAUUUACUUGCUUAUAUUUCCUAUAUGUUAAAUAGGUGUAAAUAUUUUUUUUUAUAAUUUUAAUUGAUAUUUGGGAUGAUCGAUGGGUGCCAUGACAAAACGUAAAUUUAAUAUUAAAAAUAUUAUUUUUUUUCCAUUACAUUCAAUGUAACAAAAUGUGAGAAAAGUUGAAAUUUAAUUUGAAUACUUAUGUAUGAUAUUAAUUUAUAUUUAUAUGAAACUAGCAAAGUAAUUUUGUGAGUGAUAUUUUAUAGGCUAGUGAAGUAAAAUGUUCGAAAAUUAUUAUUAAAAAUAAAAAUUGUAUUCCUUUAUAUUAUAAAAAAUAAAUACAAUAAAUCACUACUAUCUGA